AUGGCUUCUCCAACUCACAAUUGGAGAACUCAAAAGAUUACACUAGUGCUACUUAUUAUUUGUAUUUCAUUUUCCUUUUCAUUUGAAGAAGCUAUAAUAACAUCUCCAAAGAAGUUAGAUUAUCCAGUGGUUGGUCAGCCAGCAGAUUACACCGAAAUCAAGUGUGGAUCAUGUCCGUGUGGAUCUACGUGUGGUGACCAAUCUCCUCCACCUCCACCUCCACCUCCAUCUCCGCCACCACCUUGUGAACCACCAACACCACCACCUCCUCCGCCACCACCUCCUCCACCAUCACCACCUCCUCCUCCUCCCAAGUGCCCUCAAAAUUGUAACCCCUUGCUACCACCACCGCCACCGAGGUUCAUAUAUGUGCCGGUGCCAGGUCAGGUAAACCAACCUAAACCAUAUUGGAUAUAUUAUUACUCUGGAGCUGAAAACAGAGUUGGGAGUUUGCUGGUUUUAGCUUUGGGACUAUUAAUUGCAACAGUAUUUGGAUGA